AUGACCUGCUCCGAGGCCCUCACGUCUUGCAAUGGAUAUUUUCUCCUAACUUUGGCCAUUCUUGCCAUUGGCCUAAACCUCGUUCCUAUCGUUGCCGACUACGCUACAGAAGGCUCCCCAUUUCAAAAUGCCAUUUCGUGCUAUGAGUGGUGGUUACCAGGAAUCUUAGGAGGCGGCAUUCUCGUCCUACCUGUGGUUGCCAUGACGUUUGCUGCUAAAAAGAGAGGAAGCUGCAAUUCCAGAACUGGGAUGCUGACGUCCGUCCUCCUCAGCAUUGUCGGCAUUGCGGGGGCCCUUUACUGUGUGCUUAUAUCCCUCUAUGCCCUGGCACAAGGGCCAUUACUGUGCGAUGUCCGCCAAGAUGCCAUUGAGGGGUCUUGUGACUUUAACCUGAGGAAUAUCAGCCUAAUUUCAAAUGUUAAUUUUAACAUGAAGUGGUACUUUGAAAAUGGCUGUGAAAGCGUGAUGAAUAAAACCAGGCCUUUGCUGGGAACUGGACAAGGUCAUUUACCAACGCUGUACUUGAAUGAAAUGGAGCAGAAGAACAUCCACCUGAUUGCCUUUGCAGGACUCAGCAUGGUUGCCUUGCUUGAAAUUCUUCUUAGUGCCCUGCAGAUUGUUUCUGGAACAUUUGGUUGUUUGUGUGGAACAUCCAAACCGAGAAGGAAUAUGCCAAUGUGAAAUAUGCCGAGGCAGCACAUACUUGGAUUGGCUGGCCUAGCACUGACACAGCUUUAGAAUGGCCAACAGGGGGAGGCCUCCAGGACUCUGAACAAAUCUAAAUCAUAUUACGUGAUAUCAUCUACUGUUGAAUUCUGCUCUGUACUUGUGAUA